ACUGGUCGCAGAUUAAAGGAAAAGCCGUACGAUCAGACAAGUCGUUUCUCAAAUGGCAGUUGGUACGCAUUUAGUGUGUGCGUGUUUGUGUACAGAGAGUGAUCAGAAGUUUCAGAGCGCAAAAGUAGAUAGAGAGAGGCAUUGAAGGGAAAAAGCAGUCCUUUUCUUCGCAUUUUCUCUGAAAGAAAUUCUGUUUUUACCCAUUUCAGUGAGUUUUUCGGGGAAUCUGAGGUCGAAAACUGGUUCGGCGUGGCAUGAAUUAUAUAAUGCGAGUUUGUUUGCUGCUUUAAUGGUGGAAUUUUGGUGAAUUGAGGGCUUUGUGGGAGGUUAGUGCGAAAGUGGAGUCACAGGGCCUGGUUUUGUUUCAAUGCUGAAAAUUUUGAAGCAGGCGUUAGGACCAGAGUGAACAAUCGAAGGUGUAAGUACUGGUUCUUUUCUAGAUCUGAGUGGUUACAGUGGAAUUGACGGUCAGAAAAGAUUGUUAAUGGCGAGAAACAGAUAAUGCAAUGGUUUUUCAGUACUGAAAAAUUUGCAGGUUGUUUAUUUUUACGGAUUGUCUCUAAAGUGAUAAGUAGAGAAAAAGUUGCAGGGCUUAUGAGUUAAAAGUUUGGGUAAUUUUCUUCUUAAACUGCGGCAAAAUAUCGAAUAUCCUCUGUUCAUUGCCUUUCGAAGAUCCUCUGUUCAUUGCCUUAAAUCACUAUGAUCUGUCGAUUUUAAUUAAUGGCUUGAAAUGUGAAGAGUAUAUGAGAUUGGAUGAAAUUUGGGAAUUUUGUAAGACUCGCAAAAAAGUAACAGGCGCAGGAGAAUAAGAGCAGGUUGGUUUGCAUGAUUCAGCCAAUCAUAGUAUAUAUUAUUCCUUCAGAAAUUCUAUUUAUCCAAAGCUUGAAGAUCUUUAGAGCCAAAUUAUCUCAUCCCCUUGUUUUCUCCUCCUGGUCUCAUUUUUUUCUUGAAUUGAGGGAGUUAUAUAUCAUAAUUCUUGGAAUGAUUCCUCUUUGUUGAGGAUGAUAAGAUGUUAUGGUUCGAGUUUCAAUGAAGAAUUGUAAUGCAAUUCAAAUUCAAAGUGCAGAGGAGUGUAUUCAUCAGAACUCGAUCUUUUGUGUUUAUUUACUACAAAGGCCGGAAGGUCAGCAUUAGCAAAAGCAAAAGCUGGAGCCAAUGCUUUGUUCAUCUCGGGCUCUCUCUCCAAGUCGAGUAGAAAGUGGAGAGGAAGAGCUCUGCCUGCUUCCACGGCACACCAAAGUAAUUGUAACUGGAAAUAACAGAACGAAAUCUGUUCUUGUUGGGCUUCAAGGAGUCGUCAAGAAAGCAGUUGGGCUUGGCGGAUGGCACUGGCUGGAGAUGGGGUUGAAGGGAGUUUCUAUAGGGAACGUAAGAUUUUGAAAAACGGAACAGAAGUUAAAUUGCAAAGGAACGCGCUAAGCGUUCUUGAACCUCCAAGAGGAGAUGAAGAUGACUAUCAAGAUAACGAUCCUGACAACAACUCCAUGUGCAGCAGUUCUGAGAAUGAUAUAUCAACAACAGAUUUCCAUAAGAAAGCAAGGCCAAGAGUUAGACAUCCAAAGCCCUGGUCUACAUCUCUUAAAUCAGUUAAAAGCCACUUGAGAGAUACUCAACCCACAGCUAAUCACCAAUUGAGGGUGAACUUGGCAAAACUAGAUAUGGCAACAUUGUGGAGCUACUUGACGCACUUUAAUAUUGUGGGUUUUCCUCCAAACCCAUCAAAAGAACAAUUGGUUCAGGUGGUUGAGCAACAUUUCAUAGAACAGGAGGUGGAUGAAGUACAAGUGAUAUUGGAGUUCAUUCAGGCAGCAAAAAGGCUCAAAAUUGUGUCCUAACAGAUUCGUACAUGCGUUUCUAUGCAAAUCAUUCAAGAAUACUAUAUUAUGUUGAAAAGUUUGGGCUUGUAUUCUUCUAUACUAAAAAGCUAAAGAAGAAAACAAUGUUUUUCUCUUUGCCUUUCGAGAAGAAAUUUGGCAUGGUAAUCAAAGUGAUCUGGCAGACUAUCAGCCAGGUUUAGCAUUCU